CGGAAGCGUGGUGGGCCCAUAACCCACAGGUCGAAGGAUCGAAACCUUCCUCUGAUAGAGAGUUGCAAGCUUCCGAACGUUCUUUUUGAUUGCCCCCACUAGCUCCCGCAUGCAGCGCCUUAGAAGCUCACCACCACUGCUGAAGAUAGGACAGACUCAGGCCGGAGUACUUCUUGCAGCUUCACAUACAUUAGCAACUCCAUUUUGUUGAUCACAUCAAAGGCGGUUAGCGAUGCAAGAUUCAGAGGACCAGCCAACGCCUCUCGAGCGAGCGCCGCGAGUGCGCCGCGCCGCAAAGAGUGAGGAGAUCAGCGAACGCCUGGUCACAUUCAUCGAGGAAGGGUGUCCCGUCCGCCCCCACAAAGUGCGGCCGAAGCCCAUCGCCGUGUGGGCGUUCCAGGCCUUCUUGGGGGGGCUGACGGUCCAGGCUGCAAGGAAGGACAGAUGGAGCUCCGCAACCGCGUUUGCAGGGUUCAGCUUGGCAGCUGAGCUGUUUGGGCACGGCAUUUUUGACCCGGACUUCCCGAUACGGAUCCGGGUGGACUCGCAUGCGGCGUCGCGCCAGGGGGCGGCAGGAACCGCGCUGGCAUUGGGGCUUGGAGGCGAAGGUGUGGGAGCGGGAUUGGGAUUUUUUGGGGGGGCCUCGGCUGGGGAGAUUGUCUGGAGGAUUCUUAGCAUAGAUCUGCUCCGUAGAUAAAUCAGAUUCCCAAAAGCAAGGCUAGAGCAGUACAGAUUCACUCAUAAACUACUUGGCACACUGAAUAACAGAUCACAUGGUAGCUGACAUUGUUACAGCCACACAACAUUCGUAUGAGAUCUACAGAUUGGCAAGCUAAUAGUCACGAUUUUUGUAUCAAAUUGUCAAUUCGGAGCUGGCACCGAAGUGUUUCAUUGAAGACAGGCUUCCUGCCAAGUGUCCUAGAGUCCAU